CGCAUCAGCCAGUCCCCGACGCGCUGAGGAUCACCCGGGGGUGCGAAGAAGGAGGACCUGCCAGGGGAGACCCACUGGCGCAACCAAGCGCGCUUCGUGGUUGGCUAUUUCAGCUGGGUCCUCAGAGCUGGGCGGGGCGGAGGUGAGCGAGCCGGGCUGGCAGCGACACGAUCGGAGGCGGCGUAUUACGCGCCAGCGCCACUUCUGCUGCUGUUGUUGCGGGUCCUUGGAGUCUAGUGGUGCUUGAAUGAAUGGACUGUCGCACGUAUCUUUCCUCCCUCGCAUCGUUCCAGUUUCGAAAGAGGCGGCGGCGGUGCUGCUAGAGCAAGGCGGUUGGGGAACCCGUGAAGGCCAGGCGGUCUCAGAUUGCGCCAGAGACUUUAGCAAGUAAGACAUCCAGCCAUGAGCCGCAUGUGUGGGAUUUAAAGCCUGUUUUUUUUGUCACCGCUCCCCAUUGCUCCCAUUGAAAGAGCAUGCUCUGCGCUCAGCCCGGCUUUCUCCAGGAAUUGAUGCACUUACAAUUGGCGAGUCAUUAUGCUGCUCCACCUGUGUAGUGUUAAGAAUCUGUACCAGAACAGAUUAUUAGGCCUGGCUGCUAUGGCAUCCCCAUCCAGGAACUCACAGAACCGGCGUCGCUGUAAAGAAUCUCUGAGGUACAGCUAUAACCCAGACCAGUUCCACAACAUGGACAUUGGAAGUGGACUCCAUGGGACAGUCACCAUUCCCCGCUCGACCAGUGACACAGAUUUGGUCACUUCAGACAGCCGGUCUACACUCAUGGUCAGCAGUUCCUAUUAUUCCAUAGGACAUUCACAGGAUCUAGUGAUUUAUUGGGAUAUAAAGGAAGAAGUAGAUGCAGGUGACUGGAUUGGCAUGUAUCUUAUUGAUGAGGUUCUAUCAGAAAACUUCUUGGACUACAAAAAUCGUGGAGUAAAUGGCUCUCACCAAGGCCAGAUUAUCUGGAAAAUUGAUGUCAGUUCUUGCUUUGCAGAAUCUGAAACAAAGAUCUGCUUCAAAUAUUAUCAUGGAGUGAGUGGGGCACUGCGUGCAACAACUCCCAGUGUGACAGUGAAGAAUAAUGCAAUCCCUAUUUUUAAAAACAUCACUAGUGAAGAUUCAGGCCAGGGGCAUGGAAGCAGAAGGCUGAUCAGUUUCUCCCUUUCAGAUUUCCAAGCUUUUGGUUUGAAGAAAGGCAUGUUCUUCAAUCCGGAUCCUUACCUUAAAAUUUCAAUCCAGCCUGGAAAGCAUAGCAUCUUCCCAGCUCUUCCACACCAUGGACAGGAAAAAAGAUCCAAGAUUAUGUGUAACACUGUCAAUCCCAUCUGGCAAGGAGAGCUGUUCAGCUUUGUUUCUCUGCCCACUGAUGUCCUAGAAAUAGAGGUGAAGGACAAGUUUGCAAAAAGUCGACCUAUCAUUAAGCGUUUUCUGGGAAAGCUUUCCAUGCCAGUACAACGAUUACUAGAAAGACAUGCCAUAGGAGACAGGGUUGUUAGCUACACACUGGGACGAAGGCUACCAACAGAACAUGUCAGUGGCCAGCUACAGUUUAGAUUUGAGAUAACUUCUUCAAUUCAUCCAGCAGAUGAUGAAGAGGUCUCUAUUGCUGCAGACCAUGAAUCAAUUGACCUUCAAGAAAGCCCCAUUAACACCUCAGCAUGCAACAGUAUAGAGAUCUCAGAAAGUGCAGCUUCAGAAAAACUAAAUGAAUGUCCACUAAUAUGCAUCAGUGUGGGCAACUCUGGAGCUGAAGAACCUACCUUGAGCUGCUCCUUCAAAGAAGAGCUAGCAGGAUAUAGAGAGAAUGAUGCAAUAGCAGCAGAUACAGUUAAUCUCUCAGAAUCCAUCCCAGUGGAAAUAACACCUUCUCCAAGUGCUGUGGAUCUCAGUGAACGACUACCUUUGCUGGCAAGCACUCCUCCAGAGUCUGAAGUUAGAGAAAACAACAAAGUUAAUUCUGUUACUCAGGGAGAUAGUGACAUCUUUAUCAGCAUAGAAGCCUUAUCUAUUGAUGAGGUGAGUGGGGAUGUUCAACCUACCAAGGAUUUAGAGAAGAAUCAGGAUAAUGAAGGGGCUUCAGCCCAAGAGGACCAAGAUGAGAAUGAUGAUGAAAAGGAGAGCAAGCUACAACUAAGGACCAUGGUGAAAAGAAAAAGCAGGCCUUGUUCCUUGCCUGUGUCAGAACUUGAAACAGUGAUUGCAUCUGCUUGUGGGGAGCCUGAGACUCCCCGUACACACUAUAUAAGAAUACAUAAUCUCUUGCACAGUUUGCCUUCUGCCCAGUUGAGUAGUGAUGAUGGAGAAGGGGAGGAGGAACAACAAGGCAGUGUAAUAGAGAAUGAUGAGGAACUGACAGUGAGGGAAGUAUCUGAGAAAGAUUUAAUUAGUGAGACUGAAACAGUGUUGGCUGAACCUCCUCAGGAAAACUUAGUAGAAGAGAACUUUGUCCGGGGAACUGUUCCGCGCAGCACCUCCAUUGAACACCUUGCUGAUUUAAAUGAACAAACAUUGGAUAAUGAAGGGCCAAGAACUGAAAGUGACAGUGAACUGAGUCCUAGACCAAAUGGUGACCCUGAGUAUGAAGUGUGUGACACAUCCUGUUAUAGCACUUCUUGUUAUAGCACUUCCUGCUACAGUACCUCCUGUUACAGCACUUCCUGUUACAGCACUUCUGGCCAUGAGAGUGCCAACCGAUUCUCAAGCCAUACUAGGUUCUCUUCUGUUGACAGUGCAAAGAUUUCUGAGAGCACGGUUUUUUCUUCACAGGAUGAUGAAGAGGAGGAAAAUAGUGCUUUUGAAUCAGUGCCAGACUCAGGUCAAAGCCCUGAGUUGGACAGGGAACAACUGGAUAGCUCUGCCCAUUGGCCUGAGGAAUUGGUAGUUCCCGGAACAAAUCUACAGGGAACUCCAGAAAAUAUAGAGUCUCCAGUAGCAGGCCCAAGCAUCAGAAGAGAAGGUGAUUGCCCUUUGCUGCAUAAUUCUCAGCCAAUCAACCAGCUUCCUUCAUUGAGACCUGACCACCAUCAGUACCCAACUGUUGAUGAGCCUCUCCCACCAAACUGGGAAGCUCGGAUAGACAGUCAUGGACGAGUAUUUUAUGUGGAUCAUGUAAAUCGAACCACAACUUGGCAACGGCCUACAGCUGCAGCUACUCCUGAUGGAAUACGCAGAUCUGGAUCAAUCCAACAAAUGGAGCAACUCAAUCGGCGAUAUCAAAAUAUACAGCGAACUAUUGCUACAGAUAGAACAGAAGAGGACCCUGCUGUCAGCUGUCGUGUGGAAAGACUCCCUCCUGGAGGAGGCAGUGAUUCUGAAGCAGACCCUUCCCAGGCAAAUACAGAAAUUAGAAGAGAAAUAUCUGUUUCACCAGUGAAUUCUCAAAAAAUCACUUUAUUGCUGCAGUCACCAGCUGUAAAGUUCAUUACCAAUCCUGAAUUUUUCACAGUGCUGCAUGCAAAUUUUAGUGCCUAUCGAGUUUUCACCAAUAGCACCUGUUUGAAACAUAUGAUUCUGAAAAUCCGCAGAGAUGCUCGAAAUUUUGAACGGUAUCAGCAUAAUAGGGACCUAGUAAAUUUCAUCAACAUGUUUGCUGAUACAAGGUUGGAACUCCCGCGAGGAUGGGAAAUCAAAACCGAUCAACAAGGCAAGUCUUUCUUUGUUGACCACAAUAGUCGUGCUACCACUUUCAUUGAUCCCAGAAUUCCACUUCAGAAUGGCCGUCUACCCAAUCAUUUGACCCACAGGCAGCAUCUUCAGAGACUCCGUAGUUACAGCGCUGGAGAGGCAUCAGAAGUCUCUCGAAACAGAGGGGUUUCUUUGUUGACCAGACCAGCCAACAGCCUAGUAGCAGCAAUUCGAAAUCAGCACCAUCAUGAAUCCUUGCCUCUUGCAUACAAUGACAAAAUAGUCGCAUUUCUACGCCAGCCUAAUAUUUUUGAAAUGCUGCAGGAGCGUCAGCCAAGUUUGGCUAGGAACCAUGCACUCAGGGAGAAGAUUCAUUAUAUUCGAACAGAAGGUACACAUGGACUUGAAAAAUUGUCCUGUGAUGCAGAUUUAGUAAUACUUCUAAGUCUUUUUGAAGAAGACAUUAUGUCCUACAUUCCUCUUCAAUCAGCCUUCCAUCCUGGUUACAGCUUUUCUCCCCGUUGUUCACCCUGUUCAUCACCUCAGAAUUCUCCAGGCUUGCAGCGGGCCAGUGCAAGAGCACCUUCUCCUUACAGGAGAGACUUUGAAGCUAAGCUUCGCAACUUUUAUCGAAAGCUAGAAGCAAAAGGAUAUGGCCAGGGUCCAGGUAAAAUUAAAUUAAUAAUAAGGCGUGACCACUUGCUGGAAGGCACUUUUAAUCAAGUGAUGACUUACUCACGGAAGGAGCUCCAAAGAAAUAAACUCUAUGUUACAUUUGUUGGGGAAGAAGGCUUGGAUUACAGUGGCCCAUCCCGGGAAUUCUUCUUCCUUCUUUCUCAGGAGCUUUUCAAUCCUUAUUAUGGCCUGUUUGAGUAUUCAGCCAAUGAUACUUACACUGUACAGAUCAGCCCCAUGUCAGCAUUUGUAGAAAAUCACCUGGAAUGGUUCCGAUUUAGUGGUCGUAUCCUCGGUCUUGCUCUUAUUCAUCAGUAUCUACUUGAUGCUUUCUUCACAAGGCCAUUCUACAAAGCAUUGUUAAGGCUGCCAUGUGACCUUAGUGAUAUGGAAUAUCUGGAUGAGGAAUUCCACCAAAGUUUACAAUGGAUGAAAGACAACAUCAUUACUGAUAUUCUGGAUCUCACUUUCACAGUGAAUGAGGAAGUAUUUGGACAGGUAACAGAAAGAGAGUUGAAAUCUGGAGGUGCAAAUACACAAGUAACUGAAAAGAACAAGAAAGAGUAUAUUGAAAGAAUGGUUAAGUGGCGAGUAGAAAGAGGGGUUGUUCAGCAAACCGAGGCCCUAGUUCGUGGCUUCUACGAAGUUGUGGACUCAAGACUUGUUUCAGUUUUUGAUGCUAGAGAACUAGAAUUGGUAAUCGCUGGCACAGCUGAAAUCGACCUUAAUGAUUGGCGCAAUAACACAGAAUAUCGGGGUGGUUACCAUGAUGGCCAUAUAGUAAUACGAUGGUUCUGGGCUGCAGUAGAAAGGUUCAACAAUGAGCAAAGAUUACGGUUGCUGCAGUUUGUUACUGGAACAUCUAGUGUCCCUUAUGAAGGCUUUGCAGCCCUUCGAGGGAGCAAUGGACUACGGCGUUUCUGUAUAGAGAAAUGGGGUAAAAUAACAUCACUACCCAGGGCCCAUACUUGUUUCAAUCGCCUGGAUCUUCCACCCUACCCAUCAUAUUCAAUGCUGUGUGAAAAGCUGUUGACAGCUGUUGAAGAAACUAGUACCUUUGGACUUGAAUGAAAAAAGGGAUUCAAUUGUUUCCUUGUCAAUGACAUCAUUCCCUCCUUCUGCCAUACGAAUUUGAUUUUCAGUAUUUUGUUUCUGAUGGAAAAGACAGGAGAAAUAAAAGCUGUGCAUGAAGAAUAGCUUUCCUUUAAGAACUAACUUUCAUGCUUUUCAUCUUUAAUUCCCAAUGGGCAAUUAUCCUGUAUGCAAUAUGAAAACAAGGUCUCCAUGUAUCUACACAUACCUCCAUUAGUAAUAAUGAAAAUACGAAUGCAAGUUAUUCUACACUUGACCAAAUGUUAAUGUUUACUUCUAUGUUAAUUAAAAAAGAAUAUUCAUCAAGCAUUCCAAGCUAUAUCUUCAUCCUUUACAUCUUAAUUGUAUUAUGUCUUCACCUUUGAAAUUGGUCAACAAUCUUAUUCAUUUAUCCUUGAUUUUUGUACAUAUCAUGCAAAGGUGAAAAACACUCAUGAGCGAAAUUGAAUUUUUUAAUGUGAACUCAUAAUUCAUAUGAGCUAGAUCAGUUGGAAUUGGGCCAGACGAUGUGUACAGAUAAGUUAUUUAAAGCAACAAAACUAACCUGCAGUGCAAUCAGAAUAUGUAAUGAUUAUUAAUAACUGUUAAAUUAAAUUAAAUUAAAAUACAUAUCUAUUGAGGUAUAAUUCAGAGUUAAUGCUUAUUGAAAUAAACACAUAUUUGGACUCAAGAAGGAUGUCUUAUUAUGUAAUAUAACAGGCAGCACCAUUUUAAUUAUUGUACAUAACAAAAAAACAACAGGAUAAAUAUCUUUCUUUGUCUUCUCAUUCUGCUUAUCAAUUCUUGGUUUUUUGACAGUCCGUUUCCUAACAGAAAAGUAAUAUAGACAAUCCUGCACUAUGUAUUGGGAACUAUUAUUGAAAUUAUAAUGAGUGGUUUUGUCCCAUUUCUCUUUGAUAUCAAAUAUCACACUUAGUUCUAUUAAAAUCAUUUAGCCUAAUUACAUUGUAUAAGAAGCUGCAGAGGGUGAUGGAGUGGAAAUAAUAUGAAUAAGAGAACGAUGUUUAGGUCUGUUACCUAAACAACUGAAUUCCCUGAUAAAACUCAAUAUAGCAGUUGUUUGAGUGUAUUGAAGAGUCUAAACUCCUCUGUACCCAGAUGAAACAACAGAUAGUUAAAAGAUUCAUUUUCUAUUCUCAAAGUCAAUGGGGAAAAAUAAGAUUUAAAAUAACACUUCUCUUUUUAUUCACUGCUGCUACACAAAUUUUCUACACAUAAUAUGAGAAUAAAGCUGAAGCAUACAAUGGUGAUGAAAUUUAUUGAACUCAGUGAACUUUAUUUCUAAGUAUGUACGGUUUUGUUUUAGUAAAAUAGUUCAUAUUUCUAUAGUAGUGCAUAUCUUUAAAAAUUCAGUAAGUCACAAAUGAUUGUGUAUGUAAUUAAAUUAACACAGGAUGAAAACCAUCAGUGGUUAUGGAAGUGGGCAGCUGCAACAAAUUUAAUAAUAAUAAGAAUAAGAAUAAUAAGAAUAAUAAGAAUAAUAAGAACAACAACAACAACAACAACAACAAUAUAAAAACAAUAAAAGACUAUAUGAAUGUAAAUUAUCUAAAGUUCUAAUUCUUGAAAAGAACUUAUGGAAGGAAAGGAUAAUAAAAAAAAGAUAGAGCUUAUGAACAAAGUUUCUUCUUUCCUGAAAUCAAGGAACUAAAGAAGAGCCCAAAGGAAUACCAAUGAAUAUAGUUAUGGUAUUUCCUCAAUAAUUACCAUGUGUGGAAAAAUAUUUUAUUUAGAAUACAAACUUGCAGCUAAAAAAUAAGUUGGCCCCUGAUCCAAAUAAGAAAAAAUUUAAAGGUAGAUUAGCAUAAUCCACAUGUUCCACAUGUGGUUGUCUUUAAAACCAGGGACACAGAAAUAUAUUGUGGCAGAAUCAUGCUUUAAUUGGGUUAUGAUUUUGUCUUUAGCAAAUCUGAAUUUAGGAUAUAUUCUGUACAUCUUUCAAAAAAGGAAAAAACGUAACACAAAAAAGUCAUUUGCAAUGCCACAUGACACCUGAUGAUACUAUUUCAAACAGAAAUAUGAAGCAUGAAGAGGUGAUUUGUGUAAAAUCCUUUACACAAGGCAAAUAAGACUAAAUAACUUAAACCUGUUUUAAUAAAGCUAAUUAGCUAACCUUUAACUUAAUAAGACUAAAAUAACUUUAAACUCUUUUUUUUUUAAUAAGGAACUUUCCUCUGCAAAAAAAAACAUGUCUUUUAAAAAUGUGUUUAGUAUUCAGUAUUGUGCUUUAUAUUAUUAAGAAUGAAGUCAUGCAAUGUAAUUUUAAAGAAAUACUUUAUAUGAGCAAGUUCAGUGAACUGAUUCCCCAAAGUUAAUUUUAGCUUAAAAGAUUUCUUUAAACUAAAGAAAUCCAUCUAGGAUCUUAGAAGUAUUAUAUUGUUAAAUUUAUCAUCAAUUGGAAACAAAUGUUGAUACCACUUUCAUUUAUUAAGAUAUUUUUUCAAUCACACAUCAUGUGUGUUGUAACUCUUGCACAAAAAUUAUACUAGACUUCCAAGCAUACUAUGAAAUAUAUUGGCACUGUCUCUGUUUGAUUUAAGGAAUUUAUCUGCAAUUCUUUGAACAAACAGGAAAUCCACUAUGACUAUAAGUCACACAGUAAGUCUUCCAAUGGAAUUCCACUCACUCCCCCCCAAAAAAUUGGACUAAAUGCAAUUUAUGUUAUUUGCACUUUUCUGUGGAUGAAAUCCUUCUGAAAUUAUUACAUCUAAAGCAUGAUUUUUAGCAUGCAAAAUUAAAUGCAAUAUCACUGCAUGCAUAUUUAUGAUAUUAAAAAUAGGGUGGCAUCUGAAAAAAAAAAAGCAAACACAAGCUAGCCAAGACACAUUUAACUAACUUGUUAGUUCCAGAUGGGCCAAAUAUUAUACGUUUGCUUACUAAAAAGCAAUUUACAUGCUUUACAACACUGUAUAGUUAAAAACAUUAAUAUCUUUUAGAGCUAUAUUUUAUUAAAAAUUAAAACUAUUUUCUGUAGUAUGAUAAAAGAUUUGUACAUGCUGGAAGGCAAUUGAAGAGAUACAGAGUCAUAAAUAUCCAUUAAAGACUUUGUUUUAGAUGUCAGCCAUGUUUUAGGAACUGGAAUAAAAAUUGGUCAUUUGGCCUUCUGAAUCUUACUAGUGCUGUCAGGCAAAAAGAAUAUGGAAAAUAUCUGAUACUAUUUAUUCUUCAUGCCAUCUGAACAAAACAGGUUGUUUUUUCUUAUACCAUUGGAGUAUUAUUUAUAAUAUUUUGGAGUUGUAUGAUUUCAUAUUAAAUUGUCUUGUUAGCUAUUGUACAGAUCCCUCAAUGUUACAUAAGUGGAUAAAACAUUGAAGCUAAUGCCUUAGAAAUAGACUUGAGAAAAAACUAAUUGCAUUUUUAAAAUAUGAGAAAUAAAAGAAGAGUGUUGUCUUGAGACAGUGCUUUUGAGUAGAAGAGAACAGAGUAAUUUUAGAAAACACUAAUUUUUGUCCAAUCUGAAACUAAAUCCAAUCUGAUUUUUUCUGCUCUGUCCUAUACUCAGAAAAUGAGUAGUCAAUUCCACCUGACUUGGAAUUACAUGGAAAUUAGUGACGCACCAGAAAAAAUACAUAAGUUGUUAGGAUAUCACUCAAUAUAUUACUUUGAUCAAAGUCUUUUCAAAUUUCAAAACAUAAGAAUUUCUACUUGAUUUUAAGAAAACUGAAAAUUGGUUUCAGUCUGCUGUUAUUUUAUUUGGUAUACAAAAUUCAUACGCAAGCUGUAUACAUUUUCACCAUGAUUUCAUAUUACUGAGAGAAAUGUUUCUUGGUCACUUUUGAAAUGAUAUUUUGAGCCACAAAGGUGGAUUCAGCAAAUGUUGAAUCACACAAUUACAAUUUCUGCAAGGUCUCAGUGAUAGCAAACUGGACAGCAUAGUAGAGUCAAAUGCCAAGGCAUUAUCACACAUGGGGAUUAAAGUUUUUUCUGGAGAUUUCACUCUCUCACACACAGAGACACUCAUACACACACAUGCCAAAUAGUAUCACUUUAAAAUGAAACUAAUUAUUUAUUCCUAAAAAUAUUAAAGUCAAUGUUUCUAAGAAACAUAUUAAAUUGCACAUCUUUACACACAAAUUAUUGUCCUAAGUACAAUAAUUUGGCUCUAAAUUCUAUUGAAAUCGUUGAGGUUUUUUUUUUCUAAUUCAGAUAAAGUCUUGUUUUUAGAAAGUAUUCCCACUUCACCAGAUACAGUGCUGAAUUUAAGAAAAAUGUAUUUGUUCUGAACUAAAUUCUACUGUAGUCCAUGGAGUACUGUCAUUAACUUCAAUCAUGAUACAGCCUCAGGAAGGAAUUCCCAGCAAAGUCCUAGCUUGUUUAAAUCUAACAUACAUUUCUUUAUAUUACAAAACCAGUGUUUUUACAGUUACUCUUUUUGUAGGAUUUAGUAUUUCAAAAUUUACUAUAAUGUGCCACAAAUCUGGAGUAGCUUUUCCAAGGUCUGAAAAGUUAUAUCACUCCUUUUCCCCAUAAUAUAUCAUUGUAACAAACUGAAAUAUUGGCUAAAUCCCCUGCAGCUUCUAUUUGAUUUAAAACCAGAAAUCAAAAUUAUUACGGUUUCAGUAAAGACUUCAUAAAAGUCAGUGGCAGGAAAAGUCUCCUUAAUGAGUUGCUUUUGGUUCUAAAACAGGAAAAUGUCACAAUACUCAGGCUGUGCUUUCUAUUCAAUCAUAUCAUUGUAAAAGAAUGUCAAUAAAAUAUUUGUUAUUGCGUGAA